AUGGCUUGCGCCGAGGAGAAAAACGCGUUUUUCGAGCUUCCAACUAAAUUAGUUCUUGCUAUUUUAAAAGAUUGCACAUAUCAAGACUGCUACAAAGUUCGAGCAACUUGCAAAGCCCUUAAAAGCUUAAUUGAAGACAACCUGAAAUCUUUGGCCUCACAAGACGUUUAUCAUAUCGAUUUGGAAAGAAGACGUGUGAGAGCAUGGAGAAACUUUUCGUGGUGCGAUAGGAUUCCAUUCAGAUCUAUAGAAUAUAUUUCCAAGUUUUUCUGCUAUGUGAAUGUCAAAGUGUUGACUGUGAACACAUUGAAUGAUGAACUCUGCGCUUUUCUGACUGAAAAUGCUCAAAAAAAGAAGCUCCGUUUUGAGCAACUCCGACUUUUUCAUUCGUUCACAGCAUCUCAUGAAUCCAUUUGCCAACUUUUGAAAGCUGCCAAAUGUCGUGUUAUCAAUUUUGAAGCAGUGGAAAGUCACUUGCAACCGGCUCAUUUUGAAUUUGAAGAGUAUAAAAAUGUGAGGAGCCGAGUCUUUCGGAAUUUACUUUUAUGGUAUUUUUUCCAGCUAAAAUCAUUGUGCUUCGAAAUGGAUGACACUAUUGGAGAGGAGUUUUUUGCCUCGAUUUUGGAUAAAUGCACAGCGAAAGACCUCAUUUUCCAUGGAUGUGAUCGGCUCCCACAGAGAUUUGUAAGAACUAUGUUUGAGAAAUGGCUCAAUGGGUCCCGCGAGCUGGAAGCGGUUCGUAUCACUGCAAACCAGAAUUUUUCAUUCGAUGAAAUCAUUUCGAAUCUGAAUAUUCAGAAUGUGGAUAGAUCAACAUGGACGAUGCAAAAUGUUAAAGGGGAUAAAGCCACGAUUACAAUGCGUCGCAACAACUUCCACUUCUUCGUUGCCUUCGAAGUCAACGAUCAUCGUGUCGAAGACAUUCUCUACAAAAUCCCUUAUAUUGAAUAA